CGAGGCCUCUCUAGCCUUCCGUCUCUAUUCCUCCACCAUGACGAAGAGGCGGGGAGGGCGAGAGCAGCGCGUGGCCUUGCGGUUGGGGUUCCUCCAAAACUGAGAGGGCGGGGGGAGGCAAAAGAGAGCGGGCUGGACUGUUCCAUUCGUGCCGCGACGGCGGGGGGAGCCUGGGCUGGACUGUUCCAUUCGUUCGAAGUAGAGUGAAGCCCCUCCCUCCUCCCACUGGCUUUUCCUUCCCACUCAUGCUUUCCUUUCCUUCCUUUUCUUUUUUCCUGCCGCCCCCCCCCCCUUCAUUCAUUCUUUGUAUUCCCGCUUCCAGGUUAUUCCUAACACUCUCCCCUUGCAAUGAUGUAUCUUCCUUUUCCCUCCCAACCUUUCCAAGGGUUUUGCUUUCUUGCAGUGCCCUUGCCUUCACUUUCACCCCAGGCCCUCUUUAUAUAGGAAACAUCCAGACAGGCCCUAUAUCCUAGGAUCUUUUCUCAGGCUUUCUGUUUAUCCCAGAUUAUCUGGCAGUGUGGACUCAUAUAAUCCAGUUUAAAGCAGGAAACCUGGGAUCAGAUCCUGGGAUUAAAGGGCCCCAAAGGGAUGAUGUUUCAUAGACUGCUGAAGCAUUAGGAAAUCUUCGGAGUACAUUUUAAAAGUCUACUCCAAAGAUAGUACUUCCUGCAUGUACUGCAGCAAGUACUCCUUGAGCCAUUGUAUUAAAUGGUUUUCUGUUAUCUUCAUUUAGGAUGAUCCACUUUCCCUGAUAUUUCAAUUCAGGAGAAAGGAAACAUGGUAAAAGAUCAAUACUAAUACAUCAAGAAGCAACCUUUUAAAUAAUAUAUAUUGCUAAAACUGUGCAGCUAUCUAGCCAACACCUUUUUGGAGCUCUACGAGUAGUAGUCAGUGAUGGAUGCCACAGAGAAGAUCCCUGGUGAAAAUGGCAGCCCACCGCCCUCUUCCCAAGAAGCAGGCGCCUCUUCUGCACUCCCCAAGUGCCAGCAUCCAGACCCUCCAUCGCUUCCUUUGUUACAAUCCAUUGCACCUUCAAAUAGGGAAGGCAGAGGAAACAGUGGCAUUGAGGUGUCGAUAAUUCUGCCAGUUUACAAUGCUGAAUGCUGGCUUGAUGAAUGUUUGAAGUCUGUUCUGGAACAAGAUUUCCAAGGAUCCUUUGAACUCUCUGUCUUUAAUGAUGCUAGUACGGAUAAUUCAGUACAUAUAAUAGAACACUGGAAAGUCAUUUUGGAAGAUGUGGGGAUUCGUGUAGUGCUUAGAGGAAAUACUUCAUCUCAGCCUUGUGGAGUUGGCUUUGCUAAAAAUCAGGCAAUAGAUCAGAGCUCGGGGACCUACCUCUGCUUUUUGGAUUCUGAUGAUGUGAUGAUGCCCCAGCGAAUAAGGCUGCAAAGGGAAGCUGCUAUCCAACAUCCAAAAAGUAUUAUAGGUGGCCAAAUUAAGAGAGAGCCUUUGGAGGCAACUGAGCGAUACACAAGGUGGAUCAAUAAUCUAACACAGGAGCAACUCCUUACUCAGAUUUUCACAUCUCACGGACCAACUGUAAUUAUGCCAACGUGGUUUUGUUCCCGAGAAUGGGUUUGUCAUGUGGGCAAAUUUGAUGAAGGGGGAAAGGGUACUCCAGAAGAUUUGCUGUUCUUUUAUGAACACCUUCGGAAAGGUGGUGGAGUUUAUCGAGUUGACCAGUGCCUUCUUCUCUAUCGUUACCACCCACAGGCAGCUACUCAUUCAGUUCUAGAGGAGACCAUCUGGGCACAUCGUGUCUCAUUUCUAGAAGAGAGAAUUCUGAAUGACUGGCCAUGCUUCACCAUUUGGAAUGCGGGCAAACAAGGCCGGAAGCUCUUUCGAAGCUUAUCUCCAGCUAAUCAGAAAAAGGUAGUUGCAUUUUGUGAUGUGGAUAGAAAUAAAAUUGCAAAAGGAUUUUACACUUACGAAGACUCCAAGGAAAUCCCCAAACCCAGAAUUCCUGUCUUACAUUUCAGAGAUGCUUCACCACCUUUCAUUAUUUGUGUAAAACUGGAUCUGACAGGUGGACAGUUUGAGGAAAAUCUGAAGCUGUUGGAAUUGAAAGAAGGAAUGGAUUAUUACCAUUUUAACUGAAGCACACUGGAAAAUGUUUCCUUGGAAAACAGACCACAAAAACUGUAUGGGUUUGAUGUUUACAGAAUAAUAAUGGCAACAACCCCUGCUUCAAGAUGCCUUUCCCCUGAAAACGCAAGUUACUCUGUUUGUAGCUGAAUGCAUGGGCACCCCAAGAGGGUCACAGCAGGAAGCAGAAUGACAGCAAAUAUAUAGAAUAUAUAAUCCUUGAAAAAUCUCUUCUCUACUUUUCUUGUUAUUGUAUAGUGUGGCUUCCCAAUUUUAAUAAAAGGAAUUGAAGGACA